CAGUCAGUUCGUUCGUUCGCCCCGUUGUGUUUGGGUCGUUCUUGACCUUUUUCCGCGGAAUCGCGCUCCGAAAUUGUUUUCGUAAUCAAAAAAAAAGUGUUGUAUUUUUUCUGUGCAUUACUUUCUUCUCGCGUCUCCGCGGGGCUUCCUUUUCUCCGAAGACGGAUUUUUGCGUGUCCCACCAUCUCGGUCAGUCGCGAGUGCAUUUUUUGUGUUUUGAUUUAUUACCUAGUGAGCAAAAUCUCUUUGUUCCUGUAGAACUGCGCUGGAAUCCGGAUCUCGCACAGGAACUAGCGCAUAACGGGUCCUCAAUCUAGAACUAUUCGUAACCGAAGGGGAAAAACGCACCCGUGUCUUACUGCUGUAUUCAAUGAGCGCUCCAUCAGUGGCUCACGAAGGAACGGCAUCAACUAUCGAGUGCAAGAACCAAAACAAACCAAAAAAGCCCAAUUACAGUUCAAUGUGCUAGCAGGGCGAUAAACGUGUAGCGUGAUUGAUCAGCGGACCCGCCAUCGGCACCGUCCGUCAGGAUGAAAUUCGCGGAGCAUCUCUCCGCACAUAUCACUCCAGAAUGGCGCAAACAGUACAUCAACUACGAGGAAAUGAAGGCCAUGCUCUACACCACCGUGGAGGAAGCGCCCGCCGUCGAAAGCGUCGAAGAGGACAUCAUCAAGCGGCACUUUGCCAACUUUGACGAAAACUUCUACCACUACUGCGACGAGGAGCUGAAAAAGAUCAACACUUUCUACUCGGAGAAGCUGGCCGAAGCAACCCGCAAGUAUGCUACCCUGUCCGCUCAGCUAAAAACAAUGCUGGAAACGCAGCAGAAAAGCAAAACCAAAGGGCACACGCUGAAACGGAUCAAUCUACCGCACCGGAAGGCCCAGGAGCUGAAGCUGGCCUUCAGCGAGUUCUAUCUGAGUUUGAUCCUGCUGCAGAACUAUCAGAAUCUGAACCAUACUGGCUUCCGGAAGAUCCUGAAGAAGCACGACAAACUGUUACGCUCGGACAAUGGUUCCCGAUGGCAGAAGGAACAGGUCGAAACCAGUCACUUCUUUACGAAUAAGGAUAUUGAUAAGUUGAUUAACGAUACGGAAACGACGGUGACGAGUCAGCUCGAGGGUGGUGAUCGCCAGAAGGCUAUGAAGAGGCUGAGAGUCCCCCCGCUGGGUGAGCAGCAGAGUCCGUGGACUACCUUUAAGGUGGGUCUUUUUAGCGGUGGCUUUGUCGUGCUGUUUAUUGCUGUGAUUCUGUCGGCGAUCUUCCACGAAAGUACGGGAGAGAAUUUGAAGGUCGCUUUCCGGUUGUACCGAGGACCGUUGCUGCUGAUCGAGUUUGUCUUUCUGAUGGGGGUCAACAUCUACGGGUGGAGAUCGUCCGGUGUUAAUCAUGUGUUGAUUUUCGAGUUGGAUCCAAGGAAUCAUCUUUCCGAGCAGCAUCUGAUGGAAUUGGCUGCCGUUCUUGGUGUGGUGUGGACUUUGAGUCUUCUAAGCUUCCUGUACAGCUCUAGCCUCAGUAUACCGCCGUACGUGAAUCCUCUGGCACUAACGAUCGUGAUGAUCGCGUUUCUGAUCAACCCGUUCAAGGUGUUUCGGUACGAGGCCCGCUUUUGGCUGUUGAAAAUCAUCGGACGCAUGAUUGCGGCACCGUUCUUCCAUGUGGGCUUCGCCGAUUUCUGGUUGGCCGAUCAGUUGAACAGUUUGGUGACGGCACUGUUGGAUUUUCAGUUUCUCAGCUGCUUUUAUGUGGUGAAUGGGAACUGGCUGGACGCGGGAAACACCCGUCAGUGUAUGGAGGAAAGCUACAUAAUUCGACCGCUAGUGAACUGUCUGCCGGCAUGGUUUCGCUUUGCGCAGUGCCUUAGACGUUACCGGGAUUCGAAGGAAGCCUUUCCGCAUCUGGUGAACGCGGGGAAGUACUCAACCACGUUUUGUGUGGUCAUUUUUGCUACGCUUAGAAGUUAUCAUGCAUCCAAAUACGAGGACACCUACGACAAUCCGUACCUGUGGCUGUGGAUUCUAAGCUCGGUCGUGUCGUCCUGCUACGCCUACACGUGGGACAUCAAAAUGGAUUGGGGUCUGUUCGAUAAGAAUGCCGGUGAAAAUACCUUCCUGCGGGAGGAAAUCGUCUACUCGACUCCGUUCUUCUAUUACUUCGCAAUCAUCGAAGACCUUGUGCUGCGGUUUGCCUGGGGGGUCUCCUUUGCCCUGACCGAGAACGGUAUCGUCUCGGGAGAUCUGAUGACGUCGGUUCUGGCUCCGUUGGAAGUGUUUCGGCGCUUCGUGUGGAACUUUUUCCGGCUGGAGAACGAACAUCUGAACAAUUGUGGUAAGUUCCGUGCCGUGCGAGACAUCUCGAUCGCACCGAUUGACUCGAACGAUCAGAUCAUCAUACUGAAGAUGAUGGACGAGGAGGACGGCGUUGUUAACAGGGACACCAAGAACAAUCGGGCCAAACACAAAAAGACCAAAGAAGAUAAGAAGCCACUGCUGCCAAUGUUCAAGGGUUCCCUGCAGGAUCUCAACGUCGACAUCAGUAGCUCGAAGAAGCUCUGAGCGGAAUCUGCUCAAUCUAGUAUAAACUAUACUUAUCAGCAAAUUUAAGAACAAAAAAAAACAGAAAACAAAGUCAACGACGCGAAGGUGAGACUGUACAAAACUGUACUUAUAUAAUAAUGAUUCGAUUAGGUUUGCCAACUGAAAACGGAGCUGAAACAGGAACCAAUUAUCCUCUAGGGAGAAAGCCACUUA